AUGGGCAGCAUCAUUCAAAAGAGACAAGGGACAGCAUCAGUCAAACGAACGAUGGGCAGCAUCAUUCAAACGAACGAUGGGCAGCAACAUUCAAAAGUGACAAGGUACAGCAUCAUUCAAAAGGGACAAGGGACAGCAUCAUUCAAACGAACGAUGGUCAGAAUCAUUCAAACGAAUGAUAGUCAGCAUGAUUCGUACGAACGAUGGGCAGCAUCGUUCAAAAGGGACAAGGUACAGAAUCAUUCAAAAGGGACAAGGGACAGCAUCAUUCAAACAAACGAUGGGCAGCAUCAUUCAAAAGGGACAAGGGACAGCAUCAUUCCAACGAACGAUUGUCAGCAUCAUUCAAAAGAGACAAGGGAGAGUAUCAUUCAAAAGGGACAAGGGACAUUAUCAUUCAAACGAACCAUGGGCAGCAUCAUUCACAAGGGACAAGGGACAGCAUCAUUCAAACAACGAUGGGCAGUAUCAUUCAAAAGGGACCAGGGACAGCAUCAUUCAAAAGGGACAAGGGACAGAAUCAUUCAAAAGGUAACAGGGACAGCACUAUUCAUACGAACGAUGGACAGCAUCAUUCAAACGAACGAUGGUCAGCAUCAUUCAAAAGAGACAAGGGAGAGUAUCAUUCAAAAUGGACAAGGGACAGUAUCAUUCAAAAGGGACAAGGGACAGCAUCAUUCAAAUGAACGAUGGGCAGCAUCAUUCAAAAGAGACAAGGGACAGCAUCAGUCAAACGAACGAUGGGCAGCAUCAUUCAAACGAACGAUGGGCAGCAACAUUCAAAAGUGA